UUCUCUCUUUCUUUCUUUCUUUCGUUAAUUAAAAAAAAAGAGAGUAUAAAAAUUCAAUAGAAAAUAAACUGGCAAAGAUACCCGAAGUGAUUCCGGCGUUUCGCGUACAUCAAUCCGAUCAUCCUCCUCUUAUAGAGGAGGUUCUUGAUCCUAAUCGAUCUUUACAGAUAAAUAAUAGUUUUAUCCUUUCAACCCCGAAUCAAUCCGAAAUUGCACCCCGUUCAUCAAACUACCACCUGGAUUUCAUCUUCCAACUCCUCCAAUUUCUUUAAUCUUUUUCCAUAUUAUUCUAAUAUUAUAAUAUUCAAUAUCGAAAAAUAUUAUCUACGAUUGGAUAUAUAUUUAUUUAAAGUUGUGACAAUUCAAAAAAAGGAAAAAAUAGACAGAGUUUGUUCAAAGUGUUUUCUUCUCAGGAAAUUAAGUGACGAUAAACUUUCUCUCUAUUUUUCUCUUUCUAUUUUUUUUUUUUUUUAAUAUUUCUCUUUCUAUUUCUAUCUCUAUCUAUUUCUAUCUAAAGCAAUUGAACGAGGUCGAGGGUUUCUUAGCGAGUAUGAGAGAGGCGGCAAUUAUCGCCGUUUGCCUUCUGGGCUUCGUCACCGCUGGUAGUUCUAGAUUACCCAGGACUUCUGCGGAUCAACGCAACACUCGCAAUGCCAGUGUCAACGUUACCAAUGUCACCGGGAAUUCACUCCCACCGCCUACACGUGGCUCCCAAAGGAACAGGGAACAGUAUCUUUUCAACGUAUUCGAGGUCAUCGUAUCAACCCUUGAAUCGAAAUUACAACGAAUCGAGAAUCUCGACAAGGCCGUUGAACAUCUAAUGAGGAGAGUUGAAGCAUUGGAUUCUAGAGUUAACGACAACAUCGAAAAAACCGAUGCAGUUAUCGCUAAAUUGAGAACGUUGGAUUUGAAAUUAUUCAAUGCACAUCCACCAAUAACUUCGCAGGAACAAAUUCAUCCUAGAUCGGCUGAAAAUGUCAGAGAGGAAAAUGAAGCCGAAAGUGUACCCAUAAUACGAUUGAUACAUCACGACGACGAAAAAUCACCUGAAUCAUUGGGUGAUAAAUUAAUUUCAUUGGAUCAAAAGGUAUCCGAUAUUGAUCACAAAUUGGUUAACCUGAAGAAUCAAUUGGACAAUAAUUUUUUACAAAAUGACGAUAUCAAUGCCGAAGCUAGCGAGAAAAAACCAGUUAGCAUGAGCGUUGUAGAAAUAACCAAAGCUAUGAGCAACGAAGUUAUGAAUCAUGUUUCUAUCGAAAUUGAAAAUCUUAGACAAGCUACCGGUGCGUUAGAUCGUAAACUACAAUUUCACAUUAAUUUGGUAUCGGACAAUUUGGGUGCCAUUUACAAUCUGAUGACCGACGUACACGAUGCAGUUGUUGACAAAACUAUCAUCAAUGAUCCUAGAAAUUUGACAACUACUACACAACCACCACCGAAACAAAGCAAAUUCGAUCGUUUGGUAGAAAAAAUGCAUCCUAUGCUUACGGUUUCCGAAAAAAUGGACGAAGUUUGGAACGUCGUGGUCGGAACGAAAAAUUCUGUGGACGAUCUUCUACCAAAAUCCGACGAAUUGUUGACGCAAACGCAAAGACAGGAAAGAGCUAUCAAUGAAAUUCAUGCCGAUCUUAGAACGAAGACCAAUAAAAUAAUUGAAAAUUUAGAAGGUGUUGAGAGUAGAUUAAAGAAACAAGAAGAUGACGUGGCAACUUUAGCUCAACGACAAAUACCUGCUGAACUUUUAUUGGAUCCUACGAUAGAUCGAUUAGUCGAAUACGAUCCAGGAAGAUACGUUAACUUGCAAAGCGAAAAUUUUGUUACGGAAACGUCUUCCUCAGCAUCAAUGAGUGCAACAACGAUUCUACCACCAUCAGUUCAAACAUCAACAUCAACAUCAUCGACUUAUCUAACUUAUACCACAUCUUAUUCAUCGAAUAAUGGAUCAUCCGCAACUACCCCCAUGACUCCAACAUCUACCGGAUCGCAAAGAUCCACAACUAGAAAUCGUGGUGUCAUAUUUCCUAGCGUUAAAAAUAAACCAAGUCCUGCCAAUACUACGUUCACAAGUGACAUCCUAAUCAAUUACAAAGAUAUCAAGGGUUUCUCGUGCGUGGAUUUGUUAAAUGCAGGUAUGAGAGACAGCGGCGUGUAUUAUCUUCAAAUACGUGGUACUACCUAUUGGUUCCUCAAGGUCUACUGCGAGCAGGAAAUUGCCGAUGGUGGUUGGACGGUGAUACAAAGAAGGGACGAUUUUGGCGAACCUAGGGAAAACUUUAACAGAGAUUGGGCAGAUUACAAGAACGGUUUUGGUAAUCCAGCAAGAGAAUUUUGGUUGGGUAACGAAAAUAUCUACAUGCUGACGAAUAAUGAGGAUUACAUGCUCCGUGUCGAAUUAGAAGAUUUCGAAGGUAACAAAAGAUACGCACAGUAUACGCAUUUUAAAAUAUAUUCCGAGGGUGAAUAUUACAAGUUAGAAAUUGAUGGUUACGAAGGUACAGCUGGUGAUUCUUUGAACGAUCCUUGGUACGGAUCGAACAAUAGUCCAUUCUCAACUUAUAACAGAGAUAACGACAGAUCUUCGUUGAAUUGUGCAUCGAUGCUAAAGGGUGGUUGGUGGUGGAAAUCUUGUGGACGUGGAUUGAAUGGUCUUUAUUUAAAUGAUCCUCAAGAUUUAUCAGCUCGACAAGGAAUCGUAUGGUUCCGUUGGAGAGGCUGGGAUUACACGCUGAAAAGGGCGACCAUGAUGAUCAAACCUAAAGGACCAACGGCGUUUACUUAAAAAACGAAGAUUUUUUUCCUAUUUUUUUUCCUAUUUUAUGUUUUUUUUUUCUUUACCUCCCACCCCCUUCCCGACAAGACGUAGUAUACGACGUGGAACGCGUAGACUAAAAAGAAGAAAAAAAAAAUAAAGAAAAAAAAUGUAAACGACGGAAGAAAUUAUUUAAUACAAUAC